AUGGCAAAGGAUGGCGACUUUUGGGUGUGGUAUCGCGAGACUUUGGCAAAAGCAGAUAUGAUAGACCGAAGUCUGGUGGCAAAGGGUCACUUUGUUCUUAGGCCAGCAUUAUGCGUCAUCUGGGAGAGAGUCCAAGCAUCUCUCCACAAGCAGCUGCAGCUCAUGGGCGUCCAGAACUGUGUUUUUCCCCUCUUGACACCGAAAACCACGGAUACGAGCGAUGAAUACAAUCAACAGCAUACUCGGAAUCUAGAGGCAGAUCAGCUUACCACUUCAUCUAUCAUAUACUCGCAUUUUGCAAGGUGGAUUCAAAAUCGCCUCGACCUCCCGCUUCGUCUCAACCAGUGGAAGUUAGUGACCUGUGAUGUAUCGCACCCUGAGCCGCUCUUCCGAGCCCGGGAGAUUCUCGUGCAGGAAGCACAUACGGCACAUUUGACAGAGUCGGAUGCUAGUGAAGAACAAACGCAGGUUCUUGACAUGUAUGCUGAUCUGUACGAAGGGCUUUUGGCUGUUCCGGUUGUCAAAGGUUACCGUGCUUAUAUUAACAGCAGUUAUCCCUCCUCUGCCCUUGAUAGUGCUGAUGUCCAUGGGUCUGCUGUGAUUGCGUAUGUGCCAACAUUGGACCAAUGUGUCGAUGGAGGAUCAUGUCGUGCCUUAGGGCAGAGCGUCAGCAGAAAAUACAGCAUCACGGCAUCUGAUCGGACCGUUGCUCCCAAUGAUGGCGCUAGUUCUGGGGUGCACGUAUGGCAGAAUUCAUGGUGUUUCUCGAACCGCGCCCUCGGCAUCAUGCUCGCAACCCAUGGCGACGACGAAGGGAUUGUCAUUCCACCUCGUGUUGCUGAGAAUCAAGUUAUCAUCAUCCCAAGUGGAAGCCCACACAGGGAACAGGAAUGGCAAACCUUAUUAGCUGAAAUCAAUUCAAUUGAUACAGCACUGUCGGCGCUUGAUCUGCGUGUUCAGGCGGACCUGAACGGCUCCCUCACAUUCGGUUGGAAACUGCGUGAAUGGACCAUUCGCGGGGCGCCUUUGUGCAUUAUGCUGGGUACGAAGGAACUUUCAGACCAAUACGCCAGAGUAUAUAGGAGAGACCUUCCAAAGCAGACGCGCAGGUCGGAUAUUCCGCUGGUUGAGCUUCCCGCCACAAUUCCCAGACUCCUAGAAGAGAUCCAGGGUAAUCUCCUUCAGACAGCACGCAGUACCUUCUCGUUGCGCCAGCGGCAGGUAAUUAACUGGCAUGAACCACCCAUUAUCUCUGCGAUAGCAAAGAUAUGA